CGCAGAUUUAUUUGCGGGCGGAGUCGCGGGGGUUCUUUCAAAUUUCGUUGAACCAUUCGCGUGUGGGAAAAAAAAUGGACUUUGACCAGUUUGACACGGAAGAGCUGGACCAGCUCGACAUCAACGCGCUGCGGGAGGGCAUCCUUCAGCUGAUCGGCGACCGGCACAAAAAGCGGGAGGCGCAUAUCAAAUGCAAAAGUGUCUGGGUCUGGAAGAGUACAACUUGGCAUGCUAAAUCUGAACCAUACAAAAAUCUGUGUUGCAUGAUUACCAAUUAUAAAGCUGUUCACUUUUGAGAAGGCAGUGAGGUAGUUUCUCAUGCGGAAAAGGCAUGGUGAAGAUCUUGCAGAAUCUGUGCUGCUAGGGCAUGCAUCACAGACCUCACGCGUCAUGCGAAACGUGCAUGACUAACGUUGCACUUUUCCAGACCCCGACACUUUUACACUUGAUAGCGCAGGAGCGGAUACAGGAGAAGAUCCGGGCCCUGAACAGCGAGCUCGCUAUGAGAGUGCACAACUCCCCCUCCCCCUCAUUUGUAUAGCAUGAACGGCAAUAGAAGCGUCAGCAAGGCUGCCGGUUUUGCAUGGCAAAUUUGCACAGGAGAGCAGUACUAUUUGUGCUGCCGGAAUCUGUCAUGCAAACAGUGCCACAAGGCAGCGCCUGAGUUUGGAGUUUUGCAUGACAAAUGAGGGGGAGGGGGGGUUGUGCAUUGUCAUACCUGCGGCCAGGCAGGUAGAAGGCGAUGAACUCGCGGAGGAGUUGGAGGAUGUGCGGGCCUAUCAAAUGCAAAAAUGUCUGGGUCUGGAAGAGCCAAACUUGUGAUGCUGCAUUUGGAUGCUAAAAAAAUCUGUAUUGCAUGAGCAGCAAGAGGAGUCAAAUUUGGCUACGCGGAGAGGGCAUUGGUCAUGCAGGAUCCGCAUCGAUAGGCGCUCAAAAAAUCUGUGAUGCUAUGGCAUACAUCACAGACAUCAUGGAUCAUGGAAAAUGUGCAUGACAAACUUCUCCUCUUCCAGACGCAGACAUUUUUACAUUUGAUAGGGCCGAGAACACGAGGAAACUCAAGUCCAUCAACAUCAACACGGACUCGGGUGUAUGAUCCUGUGCAAAAGUUGUACCCUCGUUGUUGAAAACCAUACGAAUUGCAGUCUUGCAUGACAGAUCUGCUUUGCUUGCCUCAAGCAGCAUGACAAAUCAGUUUUGGAAGAUCAAAACUUGUUGUCCCCGUUGCGCAGGCGUGGUGCUUUUGCAAUGCAUACCGUUCGGGAGACAUCAUGGCCAUGGACUUUGACCAGCUGGAGGAGAUUCGUCAGAUCUUGUUCGGCGAAUUGCAAAAGCUCGCGGGGUCGAAAUUUGAUCCGAGUGAGGACAUCACGAAAAUCGAACCAGAUGAAACCGAGCUCAUGGUGGAAAAGGACGAUCCGUCCAAGGAGCAGUCCAUAGUCGACACAGUGCUGGUCCUGUUCCACCCAACAGAAGAUCCCGAGGGACAGGUAUUCACGCAAACCUACCGAACUACCGAGUCGACCACGGUGAAGCAACUUUUGCGCGACGCCUGCAAAUACUGGGCCGUCAGCACGGAGGAGUUUGUUCUGAAGACCGUCGGCUACAACGCCAAAGUGCAGGGGUCGAUGCAGGUGACGCAGGUUUUCCGACCGGGGGAGCUUAGCCAGCUGGUGCUGAUGAAGAAGAACCCGAAGAACGUCUUCGUUUCCGAAGCGGAAAAGCGGGCGUGCUUACCGAAGAAGGGGCGCGGCGCUGCGGGCGCUGCCGGGGCGGUGGAGAAGAAAGACAAGGACGAGGACGACGCCCCUGUGUACAAGAAAGAAAAGCCGUUUUUGGAGCAGCUGAACCAGAUAUGAGAGUGCACAACUCCCCCUCCCCCUCAUUUGUCAUGCAAAAUACCGAAUGCACUCUGUGCCCUUUUGGAUUGUUAGCAUGACAGAUUCUGGCAGCCAAAAGACCACUACAAUCCUGUGAAAAUUUGUCAUGCAAAAGCUGUUCAUGCAAUGCAAAUGAGGGGGAGGGGAGGGCUGUGCACUCUCAUACCAGUUUCCAGGGUUGCGGGAAACCUUACUGCAGAAAGACUUGUCGGUCUACCACGAACCCGAGAAGUGCCGGGACUGCUUCGGGUUUUUCCUCCUAGUGCUCUUUUCGUUUUUACUGAUCUACCUCGGCUACGCAUUGCAAAUAUGUCUGGGUCUGGAGGGUUGGAACUUGUAAUGCUAAAUCUGAAUCAUGCAAAAAAUUUGUGUUGCGUGAUUUCCAACAGCCGCCUCUUUUUACCAAGUUGAGAGGGAAUUUCUCAUGCAGGAUAGGCAUGAUAGAGAUCUCACAGAAUUUGUCAUGCUAGGCACUGCAUUUCGGACCUCAUGGGUUAUAGAAAACCUGCAUGACAAAUCUGGCAUCCUUCCAGACCCGAAUAUGUUUGCAUUUGAUAUCGACCGGGAUUUCCAGAAGGAAUUUUUCCUCGCGGAGGACGUGCGCGCUAUUUUGGUCGACAAGUUGCAGCUCUUAUCCUGUGUAAAAACGUACCCACCCCAGAGUUGUCAUGCAAAUCUGCAUGCUCAAAAUGUUUGCCAUGCGGAGCCCCAUGCGAAGCAUUUUCUGGUCGUGUUUUGGAAUUUGCAAUGCGCCAAUGAGCAUGAUAUACUAGCUCUGUGAUGCUGCUGAAACAGCACUACACUGCAACUCCAAAUUUGUCAUGCAAAACAGCCAAAACUCGUGGAUUUGUCUAGCCGAUUCCCCAUCUUGACUAUGGGGUGGGGACGUUUCUACAUAGGAUAACUCUACCGCAUCGCCACCAGCGACGACUACUUCAGCUAUCUGAGAAGCCUCGAGCUCGAGUUAUGCACUGCAACAGUGUCGUACUCGUACUAAAACUAAUUGCGGCUAUGCAUGACAAGUCUUCUUCUUAAGGUAAAAGAGCAAGACAAGUUCCAUUUGUCAUGCCGAGCAAAUUUGUAAUUGCAAUAGCUACAAGUGCGAUACUGUUGCAAUGCAUAGGAACUCACCAACAACGACUUGUUCAACCACUUCUCCGUGCCCGUCGGCUAUCUGCGCUUACGCCAGCAUAUGCGAGAGAAAAAAGCAGGUAAGACAUAUUUGCAAUGCAAAAAUACCUACGCAAAAAAAAUCUGUAUUGCAUAUCCUGAACAGCAUACUAUGGGGCCGCCCAUGACAGAUUUUUCUGUGUAUUUAUUUUUGCAUUACUACCUUCUUUUUUCUGUGUGAUACAGCAGCGCGUCCUGGACGCGAUCCGCGGCGGGGAACUACUCGACGACGCAGCCGAGGUGUGUGUGUUAAAACGGGGCCGAAUAGCAAGGCAGGGGGUCUGUCCCGCACGGUACGUGAACGAGGACAGCGCGGACAAGGGGAACAUAUGCAUUGCAAAUAUGUUGUCUGGGUCUGGAAGCAGGAUCCAAACUUGCCAUGCUAAAUCCGAAUCGGACAAAAAACUGUGUUGCAUGAUCCGCAGAAGUUACAGACAUCUUGCCACAGAGAAGGCAAACUUCUCAUGCGGAACAAGCAUUAAGAAUAAGUUCAAGAAGCUCUGGUAAAAUUUGUGAUGCUUCUGGGUGCAUUCCAGACCAUCUUUGUGGUCCACGAGAUGCAUGACAAACGUUGCUCUCUUUCAGGAGACCCAGACGUAGUUGCACUGGAUAAAACACGAUUACCAACGAGUGGAUUGCGUACGCGAACUUUGACAACGGGGUUACCGGGGUAUGCAUUGCAAAUAUGUCUGGGUCUGGAAGAAUGCAAUUUUGUCAUGCUUGUCUCACACUACAGUUGCAUCUGUAAUGCAUCAGCAGGAAAAAGACCACUUGCCUGUCAUGCAGGAGUGCAGUUUGCCAUGCGGAAAGCGAAACACAAAGGAGCCCAGAAACUUGUCAUGCUUGGCUGCGUAUUGCAGUGCGCCCAUCAUUCACAGAUUUGCAUCACAAAUCUCCAGACCCAGACAUGUUGGCAGUUGAUACGGGGUCACCAAUUACAACACCAGUCUGCUUCUGACAAGCAAAGCGGGCAACGAGUCGCUGAUCACCACAGCGGAUUACAACCGGUUUUUACAGUCGGAACCGGCAUAUGCAUCGCAAAUCUGUCUGGGUCUGGAAAGGUUGAGCCUGUAUUGCGUGUCCAGGAUUCCAGAAAAUUCUGUAUUGCAUGAAAGCAACAGACGCACCACGAUUUCCUCAUGAAGAAGCAGAGUUUGUAAUGCGCGCUCAGCAUGAAAAAGCGAUUAAAAAAUUUGUCAUGCUACAGUGCACUGAAAGGCGCACUCGCUCACGACCAUUCAGCAUUACAGGUUUCCAGACCCAGACAUAUUUGCAUUCCAUACCGCAGAGUACUUCCGCGACCUACUGUACCACGGGCAUGCGGAUUAUCAACUGCAAAUAUCCACCCUGGAUGUCCGGAAGAAUCCAACUUGUGAUGCUGUCUUUGGAUUCCAAAAAAAGUCUGUGUUGCAACAUGACCAGCAAGAGGAGUCCAGCUUGUGCUACGUGGCGAGGGCAUUUCUCAUGCGGAAGAGGCAUCAACAAGGAAAAGGAUUCUAAAAAUCGGUGAUGCUAGGGCAUACAUCACAGACAAGCAUGGGUCAUGUAGAAUAUGCAUGAGAAACCUGGCAAUCUUCCAGAUCCAGACAUAUUUGCAUUCCAUACGGAUUCCUUAUCGACAACGAGUGCGAAUACACACACCCUCGCCCUCCAGCAGUCGACGUCAGUGGUGGAAAAUCUUCUGAACCUCAAUCCGACUUUGAAAGCGCAGUGGGAACUCCGGGGGCGGAGAAGAAGGACGCAGACAACAGGAACUACAAGCGAGUACAUCUACGUCGACCCGCCCUGGCUUUCCAUGUUCCUCACGGGAGGUGCAUCACCGACAGGGAGCUUGCCCACUACGACUUCCUUAUCGAAAAGAAAAGAAGACCCCUUCACCUUUGUCUCCGCGGAGCAGGCCGUCGCGUCCUCUGCUGAUGUAGAUUACGAAGCGACCGACGGGCUCGUGCAAUCCUCAUACGACGCAUCGGGGUACCGAAUCGACUGGCACAUGGAUUUCCUCCACGAAACCAUGCGGUACGACUUGACAGACCUGCAGCGGGUGCAGUGGAUCGAUACGUUUACGCGGUUAUGAAUUGCAAAAGUAAAUCGCACUCGUACUAAUUCUUGCAGAUUUGCAUCACAAAUCCUCGCCUUCCUAAUGUAAAACGGCAUCACAAACUCCAUCUGUCAUGCUCAGGUGAUGCAAUUUCUGCUAGAAAUGCGAUAUUUUUGCAAUGCAUAGCAGUUCUUGACCGUGAAUUUCGUUUUGUACAACCCGUCGGACGAUUAUUUUAUCAAUGUCCAACUGAAAACAGAAUUCCCCGCUACCAGCUCGGCAAUAAACUCCGAAUCCAUCACGCCGAUGCGACCCAACGUGAUGGAGACGGAGGAUGAAUUGGGAACGAUGUGGCCGCUGGAACUGACCAGACUGCUCGUGACCAUUCUCUUCGUGUACCCUGAUGAAAAAAAAAAACCACCCCAUAGUCAAGAUGGGUAUCUCGCAACACAAAUCGAGAAGUCUUGGGAGUCAAGCAUGACAAGUUCCUCUCUGUCGUGUAGUGCAAUUUAGCAAGUACAGCCGCAACACAAAUCCAUCUAGUCAUCCUGUUUACAGCAUUACAAAGUCCAAAACACGAUGGGAAAUGCCUCUCUAGGGGAUGCGCAUUACAAAUCUUUCUGUAACUGCAAAUCUGCAUGACAAGUAUGGGGUGCGGACGUUUUCACUCAGCAUAUCGUGGGCUGCUACAUCAUUCCCAAGCACAUCGGGAUUUUCUGGGCCCCCCCGGCCAACCGCGCAGUCGUGUGGGCGAUCAAGGGCCCGGAGCUGAAGCUGCAACACAAGUAUCAAAUGCAAAUAUGUCUGGGUCUGGAAGAGUGCAAACUUCUCAUGCAUAUUUUCCAUGCCCCAUGAGGUUUGGAAUGCAGGCCCUAGCGUGACAGGUUCUGCGACGUCCCUAUCAUGCCUAUCCUGCGUGACAAACUGCCUCUAAACUUGUUCAAAACUGGACAGCUUUUGGUAGUCAUGCAACACAAAUUUUUGCACGAUCCAGACUUAGCAUGACAAGUUCGCAUCCUCCCAGACCCAGACAUAUUUGCAAUGCAUAACAAGUUCGCCGACUAUAUUUUUUCUUUUCGCGGGGCGCUGGACUUCGCCAUUCUGAUCGUGACAUUUAUUCUGUUCAUCACCAAAUACACGACGUUCGCGAAUCUAAAAACCUACAACGACACAACCGCAUCAACGGAAACGACCACCACGACAAUAGCCGCGAGCGGAUAUGGCGAGGAAAAUAAAUCCCCCCUCCCCAUAUUGACACGGUACGUUUUCGAAAAUUAGUGUUGCUGAUUUGUGGCCACAGAUCGCGUCUGUCUUGCAAGAAGGCAACUCCACAGACAGCCGCCGCAUUUUGCAGGCGGUUUGUCAUGCUGCCGGGCCCACAGCGCGGAGGUUCUUCAUGCUAAGCGCCUAGGCCAAAGCCUCUCUGCUCCGGCUUGAUACGGCUCCGCAGUCCUCUCCAGCAAGACAAAUCUGAUUCGUGUACGCAAAUCCAGCAUGAGAAGCGUCGUUCUUUUAUGGGGAGGGGGGAGCUUUCCUGUUGAUAGCGGAACCACAGCAGCCGCCACUUCCACUGAUGCAAUGACGGAACAGGUAGACAGCUCCAUAUUGAGAGGAAAAGUCCCCCCUCCCCAUAUCAAAAAGGCAUGCUUCCGAAAAUUUGUCUUGCUGAUUUGAGACCACAAAUCACGCCUGUCUUGCAAGAAGACAAACGCAGAGGCUUCCGCGCCAUUAUGGAAGCGAUUUGGCAUGCUGUUCGGCCUAGAGGGCAGCCGUUUGUAAUGCUAAGCACCUAGACCCAAAUGUCCCGUGGUAGGCUGCGGAUCUAGCUGCGAUGCCGUAUUGCAAGACAGCGCGCAUUUGUGUACACAAAUCAUGCAUCACGGAUUUCCCAUUUGAUAUGGGGUGGGGUCUUUUUUCAUUUUGAUACUCCACGACGGUUCUUUACCACCUGUUAAAAGGGGACUACGUCCAGCUUCCCGCAGAUAGCUACAAACAGCUCGCCGUCUACGAGGGUUUGUUUUUCGCGUUGGCACUGUUGCGGUUAACCGGGAACUUAACCUCGCUGACCCGGCACGGCUACAUCGCGUUGGAAACGCUGAAAACUUCCCUGGCGUUUGUCACACCGUGGUUUCUUGCGUUGUUGCUACCAAUGUUCUUCUAUGCAUUGCAAAAGUAUCGUAUUAGUACAGAUUGCAUCACAGAUUUUCUCAGAAAGAAAAAUGGAAUCUGUGAUGCUGAGGCAGCUAUAAAAAGUAGAAUUGUCAUGCAAGGUUGCAAUUAGUACGAGUGCCAUACUUUUGCAGUGCAUAUCUUCAUCAUCGCGCUACUCUUCCACGUCGCGUUCGGCUCGACGUGGGUGAACUACCGCACGUAUUUAUCAUUUGAAAAAACGUCCCCACCCCAGAGUUGUGAUGCAGAAUUGCAUCUACAGAAACAUUUGUAAUCCGGGUCCCCAUGAGAGGCAUUUCUAGUCGUGAUUGGAAUUUGUAAUGCUGGAACGAAACAGGAUCAGCAGAUGGAUUUGUGAUGCGGCUGUCCUUGCGAACCUGCACUACACUACGGACUGCAACUUGUCAUGCGUGGCUCCCAAAAAUUCUAGCUUUGUGUUGCUAAGUUCCCAACUUGACUAUGGGGUGGGGACGUUUUUACUCAGGAUAGUAUUUUCAGUCGGUUUCCACCAGUUUCCGGCUGUUUAAAGGUCGGAUGAGCAACGGGGAAGAGUUGAAGUUCUACAAUACGGACCGGUUAAUGACGGCGAUCGUGAUGCUGUUUUUGUUCACGUUUGUACAGCAGUUGAUCACGUUUCUAACCCUAGCGGUCAUCCUCCAUUUCUACCAGUUCUACUACACAAUUCUCGGUGGGUAUCGUACGAAAAAAGUGUUUCACUGCAAGAGUUUUGCGAGUUUUGCAUUACAAGUUCGGUACACAUCAUGACAAGGAAAACUUGCCAUGCGAGGCUGCAAAAGGAAAACACAGCUAAAAACCACUUGUCUUGCAUGUGUAGCAACACAAACACUUCUACAAUGCAUUGUCUGCAUUACAAGUUUCCAGUGAAGCCGUUUUUUCUUGCGAUAGUGGCUACAGUUACCCAAACGUGCUGGAAGUAGCGCAGGCGCACGGGCAGGACCCGAGACGGAAUUUGGCGAACACGAUCAAAUAUUCAGAAAAGUACCAGUGGAACAUAAUCCAGUGGGCGGAGUACGCCUGCGUGCCCCCCUUGGCCGAAAAGAUAAGAUUGAUGGUGGAGAAGAAGCCAAAAACAGUAGAAGAGGAGCUACUGGAGGAAUCCCAGGCGUUGAAGGACGGAGAUGUAGAGAAAGAGUCGGACGAACAGAGUGCAAAAUCCGGGGAAAUAGAGAUAAAUAGUCCUGUGAAACCGGCGGUGGCGUGAGGGGCAAGACGUAUAAGGAGGCGCGAUGUUCUUCGGGUGUGGUUUGGAAGCGUUGCGGUGAACGACUUAUUUUUUCCAGCGAGCACCGGUCUAAUAAUUAUAAUUUUCGGGCUUUGCUAGUACUAUCGCUCGUGCUUUCAUGAUCCCACAUGAAAAAGCAGAAAGAAACAGACUCUGAGUUGUUGUGCUGACAACUCUUGUACAGUUCAAAGAAACACGAUUGUUUUAAGUACACAUGCACGACUUUUCCUCUCAUGCCACUUCAAAGCAAUAGUACCACAAC